CUGGCCCACUUCAACUGAAUUUGGGCUUCACCUCCUUCUCAUAAAUACAGUCCUUUGGUUUGGCUGUUAGGGUUUGGUGAGAGCGAGAGAGAGAGAGAGCGAGAGAGAGAUGUCGAAGAAGAACAAUCUGGCGCGGCGGAAGCGGCAGCACGAAUUCGAGCUACAAAAAGAGAAAGAGGCAAAGGAAAAGAAAACACAGAAGCUGCAGGCAAAGAAGACGAAAAUGAAAAUCGACCGCAACGACAAAAAGAAAAAGAAGGGUGCCGGCGGUUUUCAGGUUGGUAAGAGAAAACUGAAGACCAAAUUGACGGCAUUGACCAAAGCCAAAGCCGCCCAAGCAAUGGAGCUCGAUAAAUAACUUGGGAUUUCGGCAAAUGGGUAAGUUUCUUGCAAUCAAUCGAUGCGAAGGUGGAGUUGGGAAAUGAUCUUUUAAGCCAUGCAAAGUAAAGGAAGAAAGGUGGUUUUCUUUUGUUUUUAUAGUCUUUGUUAUAUCUUUGUAGUUCUUGAGCUUUUGCUUCAGAUAUUAAGUUGACAUGAAAUCCAUGUUUUAAUGAAAACCGUCAACUGUCUGAAUUCAACAAAGAGAUGUCCAUUAAUCACAAUUUUUUAAAGGGUUUGUGUGA